AUGGAAGAUCGACAAAAGCUCAAACCAUGGUUUUUAUAUUUAAAACUAUUUAUCACUGCACUCUCUCGACUUCCAUCUACUACUGAUACUGUCUAUCGAGGAGUAAAAGCUGAUUUAACAGAUCAAUAUAAACCUAAUAGCAAUUUAAUUUGGUGGGGUGUUAGUUCAUGCACAGACAAUAUUGAUAUUCUCCAAUCAGAGCAAUUCUGUGGUAAGACAGGUACACGGACAAUCUUUGUGAUUAAAUGUCUUAAUGGCCGGUCUGUCAAAAAUCAUUCGUAUUGCAAACAGGAAAACGAAAUUAUAUUAAUGCCGGGUAGCUAUUUUCGAGUAGAUGGCCGGUACAAUCCUUCUGAUGAAUUCCACAUGGUACAACUUCAAGAAAUAAAACCACCUUAUGAUUUAUUUUCACUUCCAGUGAUCAAUCAAUGGCGUCAAAUAGCACCCGGAAUUUGUCUGGAAGGCAUAUACACCAAUAAAGAAUGCAUCGCAUAUCAACAAGAAGUUAUUAUUUCCAUCGGUUUCAAACAAUUUGAUGUUCUUGUUGAUGCGAAUGCAUCAAUCGUUAAGUGUCCGAUGUGUUCUAAUUACGUUGAAAUUUUAAAAGUGAGUUUUAGCCAUUGCCGAUGGCGCUGGUAUGGUAUUAAACAAAUAGUACCUUAUGAAGAGCCUACUUGUUGCAUGAAAGAUUGGUCUCAUGCGGAUGAUUACUCGAUUUUUGAACAUGAUAUUCAAGGAACAAGUAUUUGGCUACAAUUAAUUAUUGAGGCAAAACCAAAGUCUUAG